UUUCUUUAAGUCUUCUGUGGAGAGCGGUUUAUUGGAAGGAACUUCUGUAUUUAGUAGGCUCACUGACGUUCAACAUUAGGUCGGAGAAUUUAGUGACGUAUUAGACGAGGGAAGGGACUCUGAUAGACCCGCUUAAGUUGAAAUAGGUGAACAUUGUUUGUAGGUCGGAGCGUGGAUUUAUGAUGGGGAGAUAUUUGUAUUGUUGAAGCAGUUUAGGUAGUGGGAUGGUACGGAGGCUCCUUGGAUGGUCCGUUGGCUGAUUAGGAAGAAUGUUUUGUCAUCUUAUGUCAUGCCGGUGUUAACAACUGUCCCAGGAUGACAGUUUUGUAAAUCGCUAUGUGAUUUUCGGAAUAGUUUUACAUUGAUUCUUUUCAUACUGGUAUGUAUGCUAGUUUUGUAUUGAGCCCUUUUUUUUUUAUUAGUUCAAUGAUAGCAGAGACUUCAAAGAGUUCUGUUUCCUUUCUUCUUAACCCUGAGACUCCUUCUCAGUACAUGAUAAUAUUUUGAGGAUAUUCUCCAUUUUCUUUUUAUACUUUUCUAAAGCAGUUCCCCCCAUUUCUUUCAAAGUAUUUGAAAUAUUUUUCGUAUUCUCUCUUGAUCUUUUGCCACCAAAUACUUUUGAACUGGAAUAAUAUUUAGUUCAUGGUUUAUCUUUUGAGCUAAUAAAGCCAAUUACUCCAGACAUGUUUUUAUUCUUAACUUCUUGUACUGCUAGUCCUCAUACCAUCGUCCCAUUUUGCACAGUUGGAAGCUCUGAGAUACUCCAAGGAACACCUCCAACUUUCUCACAAAUUUGAAUAAGGAUUUUAUUGUAAAUAGAUCUCAAGUUCUUGCCUUUCGAUAUUGUACUUGUGAGAACAACUUGGGAGAGAAUAGGAAUUUGUUCAACAUCAAUUCUUUGAUGUCAUGAUACAGAGGAUUAUUCUUCUUACUUCCUGGUAACAGUAAAAUAAUUAGAUCAGCACCAUUCUUUAGUUUUUGAUCUAAUAAAAACUUCCAAUCUU